GAGAGAGAGAAGCUCCAUGCAGUCGAUACUGUUGGCCGGGAGACUCGAACGAAUCUCCAUCGAGGAUUUCAGUAGUUGUUUGGUUGCUUGAACUCGAGCGCGCGCUGGGCGGCCCGUUGUUCUGCAGCCGGUCGGAGGCGGGUGAGUUUGAGUGUGGCACCGGCGGGUCAGGUGUGAAGCCGCCAGAGAGAGAGAGAGAGAGAGAGAGAGGGAACACUCAUGCUGAGCGACAUCAGAGCCUGAGUGGAGCCGGAGGACCUCAAGCGGGCUUUUACACAAAAGACUCCCGACUUGAGAGAGAGGAACAGGGCCAAAAGUGAGGCGAGACAAAAGAAAGCCAUGCCGUCAGUGAUGGAGCGCUCAGGAUCUGGAGUUCUGUCCCGCAGCAGGGCAAAAACAGCAACCAAUGGCAACAGUCAACACACUGAUGAGGAAAGCAGUGAUGAAGAACAUUCACAUGAGAGUAUGAUUCGUGUGGGUGCAGACUACCAGGCACAGAUCCCAGAGUACAAGCCAGAGCUUGAACCUGACUACAGUGAGAGAGACCAGAGAAGCAUGCUCGUGUGGUCACCUAACAGCCAAGUGUCUGAGGCGAUGUUGGAUGAAUACAUCUUAAUGGCCAAAGAGAAGCAUGGAUAUAAUAUGGAACAGUCACUGGGCAUGCUUCUCUGGCACAAGCACGACGUGGAGAAGUCCCUGGCUGACCUGGCCAACUUCACGCCCUUUCCCGAUGAGUGGACGGUGGAGGACAAGGUGCUGUUUGAGCAGGCAUUCAGCUUCCACGGCAAAAGUUUCCACCGUAUCCAGCAAAUGCUGCCAGAUAAGUUGAUCUCCAGUCUGGUAAAGUAUUACUACUCCUGGAAGAAGACUCGGACUCGGACGAGUGUCAUGGACCGGCAGGCCCGCAAACUUGUUAGCAAGAGAGAGAAAGAUGACAGUAAUGACGAGAUGGAAGAAGGAGACCCAGGAAGUGACAGUGACUUUGAGAUCGACACAAAGAAAGAGCCCAAGCUGAGCUCUGGUGCUGGAGGAGGCAGUGAGAGGAGCUCUGGGAGGUCAGGCCCGACACGCAAAGAGAACCAAGGGGCUCAGUACCGGCACCAUCCUCUGAGGGCACGCCGCAGACCUCCAAAGGGCAUGCACCUGGAUCAGGAUGACAUCAUCGCUCUUUCGGCUUCCACCGAGUCAGGAGCCAUCUCCAACCGCCAGCUCGACACUCAACUAAUUUCUCUCAAGAGACAGGUUCAAAGUAUCAAGCAGGCAAACAGUGUCCUCAAACGAAGUUUGGCAGAUGGUGUUGAUGCCAUGAGACCAACUGAGCCCACUCCUAAGAUCAACGCCCGCUGGACCACAGAGGAGCAGCUCCUGGCUGUACAGGCUAUCAGACGGUACGGUAAAGACUUUGCUGCCAUAGCUGACGUGAUCGGGAACAAGACUGCGGGUCAGGUGAGCUCGUUUUUCGUCAGCUACCGCCGCCGGUUCAAUCUGGAGGAAGUGCUGCGAGAAUGGCAGGCAGAACAGGAAGUACUGCGAGGGAGCAGCGAGACCCUGAAGGACCUGAACGGGACAGUAGGAGUGGAAGAGGACGAGAUUAAGACAGACAGCGUGUCUCCUGUAGACUCUGGCAGUCCAACACCUUCCUUUGAAGCAGCCACUAACUCCAGCCAGUCUUCUCCCCCGCUUGCCCAACCCCCGCCCUUACUACGCCCGACUCCCCCCAGUGCACCCCCGAGCCUUCUGCGUCAGCCGCCUCCUCUCCAAACACGCCCCCUCCAGACCCGAACUCCACACAACCACCCUCCACCCCCACUCAUCCGCCCUGCACUGGCCUCAUCCCACCACCAGAGCAGCUUGAGGAACUCCCUCAGUUCCUCUGCGGCAUCCAGCGCACAGCUGCCUCCCUUGUUGAUGGGGCUUAAAGUGGAGUCGCCACACUCUCACUGACUGAUUGACAAAAGGUGCUGAAGUUGGCCUCUGGCACUGGUCUCAAACCAGUUCGGACUUUGUUCGAGAUGAGGACGUUAACGGAAAACUGGUUCCAGAUCAGGGCAGCUUCUAGAAAGCAUUCACAGUGAUUGGGAGAGUAGGUACUGCCCAGGGGAUUCAAAAUACGUUACUGCAGUUGUUCAGGUGCACAUCAUGAAUCAGGGAUGGUGACACAUAGUGGUAGACCGGUGAAAUGAGUCAGUGCUAGGUUUGAUGGUGGUGUUGCUCAGAAAAUCCCCAUUAAACACCAACACCUGUACAGGCAAACAUCUCAAAUACAGAAGAAAACCUCAGUGCAAAUUUGCCAAAUACAGACCACACACGCCUAGCUGGCCUCAGCUUUAAUGAUAUACCUCAGAGGAGGCCAUAGAACCCACAACCACACAAUUCAACAGUGAUCAUCGACAGAACAGUGUUGGGACUUGAACCAAAAUGUGUCAGUGGAGAAAGGAGCCUUUAGACAUCAUGCACUGGAUUGUAAUGAAAUGCCUUGACGACUGAAUCACAGGUUUGAACAUCAACUACAUUACAACACAGACGUUUGUGUGUGUAAACUGGGAACAGGCGUUCUUUUUCUUUUCCAUUAAAGAGCCAUGUAUUACUAGAACUGAACUUAGCUGAGGCAGGAUUUUAUUUGUUACCGAGUCCCUGAAAUAUUAGUAGUUACAUAGUAAUAGUUUAUAUUAAAGCACUAAAUGACCUAAUACUUUUUUCCCCCCCUUGCACAAACACUGAAGUACACAGAUUCUUCAGUCAGCGAUCUUGCUGUUGGAGGUAAAGUUUGUGCCAGUCGAGGUUUCCAUUUCCACCAAAACUUUUUGUAUGAGAAAUGUUUACAGGUGAAUUUGGAUAUGGUUGUGUGCGCGCAUGUGUGUCUCUUCCCUUCCUUUUAUAGA